UUUUAUUAUAACAACUAUCUAACAAUGGAUCCUGAACAUGAAGAUCAGAACCACGAAGAGAUGGGGUAUGACCACGAAGAUGAAUUACAUGACUAUGAGCAAGAAGAUGAACCCCAAGGGGAAAAUAAUGGAGAGUACCAAAUCAAUUUCGAAGAAGUCAGUGAAAAUGAUGAUGUUGAGCUGUUAUAUGAGAAAUUAAGGGCAAGUAAGAAAGCAAGACAAAGAGCAGAUGAAGAUGCCAAGCUGCUUGAAAAUAGAAUCAAACUUCUAAAGCAAGAAGAGUCAAGAGCUAGGAAGAAGAUCAAUGAGACCAAGAAGAGAGCUAAGGAAAUAGUCACGACCAAAAAGAGAAAUGUAGACAAGCAGAUGCAGAAAUAAGGAGUUACUCCGCAGACGUCAACAAGAGGAGAACAAGCGUUCAGUCCAAAAUGAGAACAUGAGGCACGAAAUCAAGGACAGAAUAAAGAGAACCAAGGAGACAAUAGAGGAGAAGAGAAAAAGAGAGGCUGAAAGAUUAAGACAAGAGAAGAAGGAACAAGAAGAGCUAGUUGAAAUGCAAAAACAACAAGAUCAACUCAAGAAUACCUCUAUUAAACAGAUGAUCAGAAAUAGAGAGAAGGAAGCAGAAGAAAGACGUAGAAGAGAUUAUGCAGAGAAGCAAGCCAAAGCCAGGUCUAAUCUUGAUGAGAAGGUGUUGAGAGAGAAUCAACGUAGAAUGGAGCAUGAAAAAAUGGUAGCAAAGAUGGAACAAGAAGAAUUAGAGCUCAUUCAGAGAUUGCAAAAUACACAAUGCAUACAGAAAUCGGCUUAUGAGAACCUUGAGCAAGCUUUAGCUGGGGAAGAUAUUAAUAUGGAGCAUUUUGAAUCCCUUGAGAAUGCCACUAGCAAGAAGCCAAAAGGAAAAAAGAAGAGAGCUGUUGCAUAA